UGAUAAGUGCCUGAAAACCGCAGAGAGGUUACGUUGUUUUCAGCGAAAAAAUGUCGGGUUUAGUGAAAAAUAUACGCUCGUUAGCGAGAUCCGCUUCAUAUUUGAGAUGUUUCUCAACCAAAUCUAGGAUUGUACCACUGAAGAAGCUGACCAUUGCUGCCCAGCCGAGCUUCACUAAUGGCCCCAUCCUAGCAGCUACACAGAGACUCGUUUUGCCUCAUGAGCGAAGUUACAGUUCCAAACCGCCACUGACUUUAAAACUUAUUGCUGACAGGGUACUUUUAGUAUUAAAAUUGUAUGAUAAAGUCAACCCCGAUAAGCUCACUUUGGAAUCACAUUUUAUCAAUGACUUAGGUUUAGAUUCGCUCGAUCAUGUCGAGGUGAUUAUGGCCAUCGAAGAUGAAUUUGGCUUUGAAAUUCCGGAUACAGAUGCAGAAAGACUUCUUAGACCUGCUGAUAUUGUUAGGUAUGUUGCAGACAAAGAAGAUAUUUACGAUUAGAUCAUGGAAUCGAUAGCACCUAUUUUAGUUUAGACUGUCAUUUCAUUAAUUUAUGUGAAGCCAAUCUUGUACCCGUGUACUCAAGUUACAUUUUAUGUAUAAUUUGGGCGAUAUGUAAAAAUUGUAUGUGUAUUUGCAGAAUACAAUGUUGAAGGAAUAUGUUUUGUUAAAUAAAGCGUUUAAGUUCUUAAAGAAA